UCACGUCCUUUUUAGCCACUCUUGUCUGUCACUCGCUUGGUAUUUUCGCCGUUCAUUUCCAUCUCUCUCUCUGUUGCCGACGCGCCAAAGCCCUAGAAAUCCCCCCGUCCGUACACUCCCUUUUCUCUGAUCAAAUCCUUCAAUCCAAUUUCAAGGACUACUGUUUGCUUUGGCUGGCUGAUGAAGUUUGUUCUCACUUUGUUCCUGGAGUAAUAAGAUUAUAUUUCCAUCCUGGAUGGUGGAGCACCAUGAUGCUGUUCUAAACUUGUCAGGUCGCACGGGUUUACCUUUUUCUGCUUCAACUGAUUGGCUAAAGGGUUAAAAACACUUUUAAGCUAAUGGACCGUUGCGACACUUCAGGAUUUGUUAGUGGGGGUGGGAUUUGCUCACUCAACGACUUCUAACCUUAGUUUUGUGGCUAAUUGUCUUCACCCGGAAGUCAGGUUGACUGCAUAUUGCAAUUGGGAUUUGGUCUGCAUAUAGUUAUUUGGCUUUUGCUAUUUGCUAGAUGGACACCAGGUUCUCACACUUGGGUUUUGCUGCUAAUUAUUCUGCCAAUGCCUUCAAGAUUUUGGGUAGUUCAAUACAAGUUGGAGGAAAUGGGGCUGCAUACAGCACAGAUACUGAUCUUCGUCUUGAUUCCCCUGGUUCUUCAAUCCCUUGCAGGUCCACUGCAAAAGGAAUCAAGAGGAAGUGGAGUUUGAUGGAUGGCUCUAUCGGGGAGCAAGUUGGGUCGUUGUUGUCUCUUGGGCUAGGUGUCUCCACAAGUUCCUCAGACAGCAAGGGGAGUUCAACAACUGCUUGCACUACCACAUCUUCAGCAAAAGAAGCAGAUGCAGAGUCCUCAAUGGAUAUUGAAUUGGACUUUACCCUCCAUCUUGGGAAUGAAAAGGUAAUCAACCCCAAGAAAUCUGCUAGUUCAAAUCUCAAUGGACUGGAAUUGCAGCCAAAAGUUGACCUGGAGUUAAGUCUCUCCACUGGGCCUUCUGAAUCUGAAAUCACCGGUGUCUAUCUUAGCUCUUCUCCUAAUCAGUCGGGUAUGGAGAUGUUCAUAGCUGUUGACGGCCCCCCAAAUUCUGAUGAAGGAUCUACCUCAUGUUGCUCGAAAUCUGAGAUUGGCUUGCCACGAUUGCAGAGUUUACCAACAAAAGCAACUAGCAUGCUCUUCAAGGAGGUUCCAAGAAACAUUGAUCUUUCUUCCAUUGUUCCAGACCUUUCUUCAAGUAUGAUCACCCCAACAAAAAGCUCAGUCACCUGCACUUCUGGGAUAACACGGCAACAACAGCCACAACAACGCAGCUCUAGUUCAAAGGUAUGUCAGGUUGAAGGAUGUGGAAAGGGGGCCAGAGGUGCUUCUGGUCGUUGCAUAUCUCAUGGUGGUGGCAGGAGGUGUCAGAAACCUGGCUGCCAUAAGGGGGCAGAGGGCCGGACUGUGUACUGCAAGGCCCAUGGUGGCGGUCGGCGAUGUGAAUUUCUUGGUUGCACUAAGAGUGCAGAAGGUCGGACUGAUUUCUGUAUUGCCCAUGGUGGUGGUCGGAGAUGUAAUCAUGAGGGUUGCACUCGAGCUGCCAGAGGUAAAUCUGGACUAUGUAUACGUCAUGGUGGUGGCAAGAGAUGUCAAAAAGAAAAUUGCACGAGGAGUGCUGAAGGCCUCUCAGGACUCUGCAUUUCACAUGGAGGUGGCCGUAGAUGCCAAUUUAUAGGAUGCACAAAAGGGGCACAAGGGAGCACAAUGUUCUGCAAGGCGCAUGGUGGUGGAAAGCGGUGCACAUUUCUAGGGUGUACCAAGGGUGCUGAAGGGAGUACCCCUUUCUGUAAGGGUCAUGGAGGGGGGAAAAGAUGUGCAUUCGAAGGUGGUGGGGUUUGUACUAAGAGUGUGCAUGGGGGAACCAACUUUUGUGUAGCACAUGGGGGAGGUAAGAGGUGCGCUGUGCAUCAAUGCACAAAGAGUGCUAGGGGACGCACUGAUUAUUGUGUUCGCCAUGGUGGGGGCAAAAGGUGCAAGGUUGAAGGGUGUGGCAAAAGUGCACAAGGUAGCACAGAUUUCUGCAAGGCACAUGGUGGAGGGAAGAGAUGCUCCUGGGGCCACCCAGGGUCAGAAUAUGGCAACCAACAUUCUGGUCCCUGUAACUCUUUUUCAAGGGGCAAGACGGGUCUCUGUGCACUCCACAGUGGGCUGGUUCAGGAUAAGAGGGUUCAUGGCGGUGAUACAAUUGGGCCUAUUGUCCAUGACCCUAAACUUAGCAAGUCUGAGAAGAUGAAAGAGAUUGUUACCCCCGAGGUUAUGAAUGUUGACAUCAUGGGAAGUGGCACAGAAGCAACUUGUUCGGGUUUGAAUCAACAUAGAGUUCCAAAUCCCUGCAACUCUUCCGUGGAAGGAGGCUUCUCUCCAUUUGUUCCUGAAGGUAGGGUGCAUGGUGGGAGUUUGAUGGCAAUGCUUGCAGGUGGUUCUGGUCUUGGUUCAGGCAACUGCGAGGGUUUGGCUGGUAAUCCAUCAGAGCCAAAUAAAUCUCAUAUGGCACCUCAAAAGUGGAUGUAACUACAACUUAACAACAAUUGUCAAAGUGGUGUUGGAAGUUGGCCUCCUUUUCAUGCUUGUUUGUGUCCUUUGCGUUAGUCCCUAAGUGUUAGAAAGUCGUCGUCAUUCAUUGGUCUAGAUAGUGAUAUGACAAAUAUGGUGGAAAAUGUAGGAAGGGGAUAUAGUUAGCAAUUAAUCAGGUCUUUGUUAUUUAUUGUAAAUAUGUAGAUAUGUCCAGCAGGUUGUUGUGAAUACAGGUAGUGCCUGUAUGGUCUGUCUGUUCGUCAAACAUCAUGAUUUUAAUAAGGCUUUCAUUGGAGUGUUA